AUGACAGAGGGCUCGCAAUGCUACAAAGAGAGCACGAAGGUGUCAGGUUGCCCCGCGUGUCAGCCCCCUCUCAACUCGUUGGCCUCCACUUUGCCCCACGCGCACUGCUCCCACUCACGCCUGGUCUGCCGCAUCUCUAACAAACCGCUCAACGAACACAACCACCCCAUGGUGCUGCCCAACGGACAGGUGUACGGCGAAAAGGCCCUCAAAGAGAUGAUGAAGGAACAAGGCUCAAUUAUUUGCCCGAAAACGAAGGAGGUGUUCUGCAUGAAGCGUGUCGAGAAGGUGUAUGUUAUGUAG